AGCGAGCGCGCGGGACGGAGCAGAACAACAGGCCGCGCAGGGGCUUUGUUGAUCGUCGGAGGAACCAGUUGAACUUUGCUCCACACGCCGCUCCCCUCCUCAGGGUCGCGUCGGGCCGCGCUGCACGUCCUCCACGCGGCGGAGAGGCGCGGAACAGCAAGGCUCUCUGAACUGUACUGAAUUAUCCUGGGUUUCUUUUUUUUCUUUUUUUUUUUUGCAAAGCUUCAGUUGGUCUCCACAGGAGGACAUGACCGGCGACACGGUGGUCCGGAGGGGUCUGUGCUGGGUCAAGCAAGCGGCCACCCGAGCCUCGCCGGGCCGCCUGACCUGCACUGGGAGCCAGAGGCCGGCUAGCCUCCAUCACACUGCCGCAUCAGUGAGGAAGACGUUGGACAGAGCGGGAGAAGUUUGCACCCGCAGAUCUGCUGCACACAGAUAUUCCACCAUGGCUGCUGGUCUCAGCUCCUGCUUCAGUGGGACGGGAUGUCGGGGGACCUGCGGUGGGAAAUGUGCUACUAAACGCCACAGAGACUGGUCCAGACCGCUGUUCUCUGGACAUACGAGGCUAUUUAACCAGGAAAACUCCACAGUGGGGCGGCUGAGGCCGGAGGACAUCGACAAAGCAAGAAACGCCAAGAAAGCGGACACCAAGCAAUACAAGCAAGUGCUGAGUGAAAAGGCCCGAGAGAGGAGAGUUCCCGUCACACGGAUAGGAAGGCUGCUGAAUUUUGGAGGUCUGGCUCUGGGACUUGGCAUGGGAGCGAUCGCUGAAGUGGCUAAAAACAGCUUCAGACCCAAACAGCAAGGGGAUAAAAAAGCCGUCCUGGACUCAAGCACCUUUCUUUCCGAAGCCAACGCUAAAAGGAUUGUCCGGACGCUUUGCAAGGUUCGAGGCGCAGCCCUGAAAGUUGGACAGAUGCUCAGUAUUCAAGACGAUGCUUUUAUCAACCCUCAGCUGGCCAAAGUGUUCGAGCGUGUUCGACAGAGUGCCGACUUCAUGCCCAACAAGCAGAUGAUGAAAACCAUCAGCAACGAUCUGGGCCCAAACUGGAGGGACAGGCUGGAGCACUUCGAGGAGAGGCCGUUUGCGGCGGCGUCCAUCGGUCAGGUUCACCUGGCGAGGCUGAAGGAUGGCAGAGAGCUGGCCAUGAAGGUUCAGUACCCGGGAGUUGCCCAAAGUAUCAGCAGCGACGUGAACAAUAUCAUGACUGCGCUGAGCUUAAGCAACAUGCUGCCUGAAGGUCUGUUUCCUGAGCACCUGGUGGAGGUCAUGAGCCGCGAGCUGGCGCUGGAGUGCGAUUAUAUAAGAGAGGCCAACUCCACCAGGAAGUUCCAGGAGCUGCUGACAGACCACCCGUUCUUCUACGUGCCCGAGGUGAUCGACGAGCUGAGCGGCCGGCACGUCCUCACGACAACGCUGGUGCCCGGUUUCCCCUUGGACCGGUCCACAGACCUCCCCCAGGAGCUCAGGAACGAGAUCUGUGAGCAGAUCCUGAUCCUGUGCCUGAGGGAGCUCUUCGAGUUCAGAUUCAUGCAGACCGAUCCGAACUGGUCCAACUUCUUCUUUGAUCCAAACACUCACAAGGUUGCGCUGUUGGAUUUUGGAGCAACACGAGGGUUUGAUCAAAGCUUCACCGACGCGUACAUCGAGAUCAUCAAAGCGGCUGCAGACCAGAACAGAGAAGGAGUCCUGCAGCGAUCCAGAGACAUGAAGUUCCUCACUGGAUACGAGUCAAAGACGAUGGAGAACGCCCACGUGGACGCCGUGAUGAUCCUGGGCGAGGCCUUCUCCUCCGCCGAGCCCUUCGACUUCGGCAAGCAGAGCACCACCAAGCGCAUCCACAGCCUCAUCCCGGUGAUGCUGCGGGAGCGACUCACGCCGCCCCCCGAGGAGACCUACUCCCUCCACAGGAAGAUGGGCGGCUCCUUCCUCAUCUGCUCCAAACUCAACGCCAAAAUCUCCUGUAAGGACAUGUUUCAGGAGGCCUACAGCAACUACCAGAGAGAGGCACGCACCAAACCUUCAUGUUAACAAGCAGCCUUCCAAAGGAGAACAUGCUUGAAUCUGGACUUUAUCAUGUUAUUUGUGGUAUUUUGAAUGAAUUCUUAGCUGCAAAUGUAUUUUUGGGACCAGAAAGAGUCCUGAUCAUGACAAUGUUAUUAGUCUUUUUUUUUUUUACUUACCGUUACUGCAUGAGCAACAAAAACAUGGUGUAAUAAUAUUAUGUGCCUUUCAAGGGCUUUUCUUGCCUGUGUGCUUUCAAUGCAAUCACUCAGACCUCUUUCCUGAUGAACUGGAACCUCCCGACGAAGACUUGAGGAUUUUUUUUGUAUGUUUUACUGGAUUCACUGCUGAACUGUAUUUUCUAUGUACGAUCAGUUUCAGGUGAAAUAAAUAGACUCUGAUGCUACAAGGACAAAUGAA